AUGGCUGGACGUCCUGCACCCAAGAAAGGCGCCAACAAGGCUGCUUCUCCCGCACAAACCAACAACAACAAGCGCAAGAGCAACCCUUCCAAGGAGCCCUCCUCAAAAAAGGCCAAGGUUGCUCCCGUCGCUGCCAAGGGCGGCAAGAAGUCUGCUAAAGCCGCUGCCCCUCAGGACGAUAGCGAGGAUGAUGAGUCAUGGGCCUACGGUGCUGUGAGCGGAAGCGACGACAGCGAGAUCGAGGAGAUGGAUGAUGAGUUUGUCUCUGCUGAGGAGGGUUCAGAUAUCGAGGUCGGCGCAUUGAACGACGAUUUCUUGGGUGACGAGUUCGCCGAGUCUGACGAAGAGUCCAAGGGACCUGGAGCUGCUAUGUUCGGCUCUGAUGACGAGGAUGAGGAGGGUCAGGGCGAGGAGGAGGACGAGGAGGACAUUUUUGCCAGCAACAGCGAGGAUGACUCUGACGAGGAUGACAUGGAGGCAAAGUCGAGGAAGUUAGACGCCGCCGCUCAGGCCGAGGCUGAGGAGGCCGAGGCCGAGAUGCAGACAAACAUCAUGCUGGAGAGUGACAAAUACGUUCUUCCCGGCGAUGACCACGAGAUUCUCCAGAGCACUGACUUGCAGGUUGUCCAGGCGCGUAUUCAGGAGAUUGUCCGUGUCCUCAACAACUUUAGAGAUAUGCGCGAGGGCAACAGAUCCCGCAACGACUACAUUUCGCAAUUGCUUAAGGAUCUUUGCUUGUACUACGGCUACAACGAAUACCUCAUGGAGAAGCUCUUUUACAUUUUCCCCGUCUCUGAGGCGAUUGAGUUCUUUGAGGCCAACGAGGUGCCCAGACCCGUCACCAUUCGUACCAACACCUUGAAGACCCGUCGUCGUGAGCUCGCCCAGUCACUGAUCAACCGUGGAGUCAACCUGGAUCCUGUUGGCAAGUGGAGCAAGGUCGGUCUCCAGGUCUUUGACUCGCCUGUCCCAAUCGGAGCUACACCUGAGUACUUGGCUGGACACUAUAUGCUUCAGGCUGCCUCCUCUUUCUUGCCUGUCAUGGCCUUGGCCCCUCAGGAGCACGAGCGCGUUCUCGACAUGGCCUCUGCCCCCGGAGGAAAGAGCACAUAUAUCGCCGCGCUGUUGAAGAACACGGGAAUGGUGUUUGCUAACGAUGCUAACAAGGAUCGUACAAAGUCCUUGGUUGCCAACAUUCAUCGUUUGGGUGUCAAGAACGCUGUUGUUUGCAACUACGAUGGUCGCGAGUUCCCCGGUGUCAUUGGAGGAUUCGAUCGUGUUUUGCUGGAUGCCCCCUGUUCAGGAACAGGAGUCAUUUCCAAGGAUGCCUCUGUCAAGACCAACAAGUCGGAGCAGGAUUUCCAGAUGUUGUCUCAGCUUCAGAAGCAGCUGAUCUUGGCCGCCAUUGACUCUGUCGACGCAGGAAGCAAAACUGGAGGAUAUAUUGUCUACUCGACCUGUUCGGUCACUGUCGACGAGAACGAGGAUGUUGUCAACUAUGCGUUGAAGAAGCGCCCCAACGUCAAGUUGGUCUCGACUGGUCUCGAUUUCGGUAAGGAGGGUUUCACGCGGUUCAGGGAGAAGGUCUUCCACCCCUCGAUUAGUCUGACAAGACGCUACUACCCACACAUGCACAACAUGGACGGAUUCUAUGUCGCCAAGUUCAAGAAGGUCAGCAACAAGAUCCCCAAGAAGGAGGACAAUGUCGAUCUGGAUGAGGAGGAAGAGUUUACGCCCAUUGUUGAGGAGGCAACAAAGCGCAACCGUGGUGGAAAGAAGAGCCCUGGAGCGGCUGCUAAGGCUGUUGAGGAGGUCGAGCAGAUUGGAUUCAAUGCUAAUGAGGAUGAGGAGCUCAUCCGUGCCUCACAAGCCAAGCUCUUGCAGACACAAAAGGGUAUCAAGCUUCGCCCAAAGAAGUCCGCAUAA